AUUCAGAACACACUCAAGUUUCCUAUAUUCCAAAGAAACUAUGCCUCCAAAGACAGGAAAUUCAUCUUCCUGAAUAAUAUAAAAAGCCGAAGUGCUGCAGAGAGCCUUUCAGCCAAUCGCAACGUGCGGAUCAGCCUGAUUUUUUGCCUGACAGGCGCAGCGCCACGUGAUCGGCGCGCGAUUCCUCUUUGUGCUCGGAACGGAACAACCGGGCUGGAGCAGCAGAUGCUCCAGGUCGAUAACGAAACUUUUCUUCUGGAUGGCUUCAAGAUGGAGUGAGGAUGGCCACUGGCUUGUCCCGAUCCGACGGUCUGCUGAGAUAUUCCCGCAAUGAGCUCCCAGGGGUUUUCUUUCCCCCCUCCCCCUCCCCCUCCUCCUCAGCGACAACCACAGCAGCAGCAUAAUCCUACAUACCCGUCGACCGUGCAGUAUGGACAAGGCCACUAUAAUGGCCAGCGAGGUGGACGUGGCAGUGGUGGACAUCACAGAGGCCGUGGGAGAGGCUUCGGGAAUCGAGGAUCAGGCCGUGGAGGCCACUUGGCUUCCUCCGAUGCCAGUCACCAUUCUGCAUACUCCCCGUCUGUCGGCUACCCACCAGUGAACUAUUCGGGUUACACAGUUCAAUCUCUGCCGAACCAUACUUCAAAUGUUCCUACCUCGCAAUAUACCCCCUCGCAGUCCCCUGGCUUCCAACAUCAGACCCCAGCCGCCUACGCAUCACCGCAACCAUUUGCCCAACAUGCAGCAGCGCCUUACCAGCGUCAACCAAGCUACGAUGCCGCUUACAAUCCACCCGCAGCGCAAUCGACACCAAGCUAUCCUCCAGUUAUGGCUGCCCACCAGCAUGUUCCUCAGCCAGGACAACCGCCUAUGAUGGGUCCGCCUAUGCACUGGGGAUUUGAGCAGGCAGGAUUCACUGGGUCCUUUGCGGGAGGUGAGCACGGACAUGCACGGGGCCCGCGCCAAUUUAAUACCCAUGGCCAUCAGGCCUCUACGCCUGACAAACCAAUGAAGCAGUACCCGAACAAGCGUGAUCAUACAUCAGCUUUUGGAAAACCCCAAUCGGUUGGGCCACGAACUCCGGCACCGCCUCCGGUUCCGAGCUUUGGCAACCCUCUACCUUCAAAGCCACCGCCUCCGGCUGAUGUUUCGCGAAAACAGAAAAAGAAAAAGAGAAGGCAUAACCAGCUUGGGUUGACUCCUAAGACGGAAGACCACGAGUCGAGUGAGGAGGAAGACGAUGUGGAUGAAGAGUCACGGCUAGCACCAGAAAGCGGUGUUCCAGCGGCUCCGCUUCAGUUUUCCUAUAAGGGGCGGACGUCCAAGUUACAAACAGCCUCGGAGAUCGCUGCAUGGAUUGAGGAGCGGAAGAAGCGAUUCCCCACUCAAGCUAGAGUCGAUGAAAAGAAAAAGGCCAUAGAAGAGGCGAAGAAGGCGCGCGAUGCGGCCUUGAAAGAGAAGGAUGCUCGCAAGCAGGAAUUGAGACGGCCACAAAAGGAGGCUCGUGCAAAUAAAGAUCCACAAGAGAAGCCUACCGAUGCAGCUGGCGUGGCCGAGAAAGCCAAGCAAAAGGCCGAUAAACUACGCCGAAAGCUUGCGCGGGAAGAGAAACGGGUUGCUAAGGCCGAGGCGGAUGCCGAACUGGCUCGGCUUCAAGUUGAAGCACUACAAAAGAAGUCUAUGGAUGAUGGGAACGAGGCGACUUCAAGCCAGGCAGCGCCAAACACAGAUGAGGCUCAGCCCGACCAGAUUGUCAAUGGGACAACAUCUGAACAGGAGCCGCAGACUUUGGAUGAAACCGAUGUUACACAAAGUGCUACUACACCCAUUGUAUCAGAAGAUCCUAUUACACAGGACACUUCCUCAGCACUAAUUGACGAUGCCGUUUAUAUCUCGUCUUCUGAUUCUGAAGCCAGCGAUUGGACCUCUUCAAGCGGCUCCGACGUUUCAUCGGAUUCGGACGAGAGUGAUGAUGACUCUGCGCCCGAAGAAGCGAGUUCUCGUCGUGAAGGCCCGGAGCGCGUGCCACCGCCACCCCGAGAAGAGAAGAAGCGAGUGUGCCGGCACUUUGCUCGAAGCGGACGUUGUUUACGCGGGGACAAGUGCAAAUUUUCCCACGAAUUGCCAGAGCGGGGGGCCAAAGCGAAGCAGCCACCCGAAAAGAAGGGACGGAAGGGGCUUUUGCAGUCGUUACUUGAGCGCGACAAAGAAGACGAGACCCGACGAGUCAUGGAAGCGAUCACGUGGCUCGGCGAGAACGGCAUGCUGGAAGAACCAGCCGAAGAAGUCAAAGAAGCCAAAGAGGCCAAAGAAAGCGAACCCCCAGUGGUUCAAGAUAGUGAACAUACUACUAAUAACAACGGGAGCAAAGAGGAUUUUUACUGUUACCACCCAGGGAUCUAACUAGAUCCUUUGACAUGUAUCUACUAGUAUCUUCUUUCAUGGUAUCGGAUCCAGCUAAACCAGUUGGCCACCACUACGAUAUAAUGACCUGACUCUAGAACCAAUGGCUGAUAAAAGAAUUUUCAAAGCAUCUAUACUCUUCUC